AUGGUUGCAUAUAUGCUUGACCCACGAUUUUUGGAAGAAAGUAGAAUUUGUAACAUAGAGCCUAUAGGGUAUAAUGCAUUUACAACAUAUACAAAUCAAAAAUUUGAACAAGAAAAAUUGGUAGAUUCUCCAUAUGAUGAUAAUAUUAUUUGGGAAUCAGCUACUAAACUUACUCCAGCAAUAUGGUGGGAAUCUUGGCCAAAUAGUAGUCUUAAACAGCUUGCAAUAAAAAUUCUCUCAAUUCCAACAUUAUCUGCUGCAGCUGAAUGGAAUUUUUCUACUUUUGUACAUAAUUUUUCUAAAAAGUUGCAGCAUAACAGGAUUGAAACUAUAAUUAAUCACAAUAAUGAAACUAAUCAAGAAAUUACCAGUAAUUGUGAAGAAAUAGAUAAUGAAGAUGAAGAAGUAGAGAAUAUGAUUUAUGAGAAAGGAAUUGGUAAAGGAAUUAAAAAAAUGAUCGAACAAAUUUAUUCACCUGAUAUCAAUAUUGAUAAUAAUAAUUCAUUAACGUUAAAUUUAGAUGAUAAUGACAAUAUAUUAUGGAAUCAAGAUACAAGAAAUUAA